AUGUCUUACAACGAAUCAAAUAAUAUCCAUGAAGAUUCGUUCGAGGACAACAACUCCCAACAGAGAUACGACCAGUAUGGUCAACCUAUUUAUGGUCACAAUAAUGAAUCAGGGGAAGAAGCAGAAGGUUUCUACGACUCUGUAAAUGAAUAUAGCCAGUCAAAUGAUCUUAAUUCCCCUCCUCCAAUGAAUCCUGAGAGUAAUAAUGGAGAUUAUUCAGAUUAUAGCAGUUUCAACCAUACUCCGUUAAAUAAUCAGGCUGCAGGUUUCGGUUACACCCCAUCUCAAAUGAGUUAUGGUGAUCACAGAUCAAGUAUUUCUACGCCGAUGUAUGAUCAAAAUGAAGUCUCCAUGGCUUUUCCUCAUGAUCCAUAUCCUGCAUGGACAGCUGAUCCACAAGCUCCUGUAUCUAUUCAACAGAUUGAAGAUGUCUUUAUAGAAUUAACUGAUAAAUUUGGAUUCCAAAGAGACUCCAUGAGAAAUACUUUCGAUCAUUUUAUGACUCUCUUAGAUUCUCGUUCUUCAAGAAUGACUCCAUACCAAGCUCUUUUAACCCUACAUGCAGAUUAUAUCGGUGGUGAUACAGCAAACUAUAAAAAAUGGUAUUUCGCUGCGCAACUAGAUUUAGAUGAUGCUAUUGGGUUCAGAAAUGUUAAACUAAGUAAACUUUCAAGAAAAUCAAGAAAGGCAAAGAAAAGUAAUAGAAAAAUUAUUAACGCUACAGAUGAUAGAAAUGUAGAACACACUUUAAAUGCCAUCGAAGGAGACAACUCUUUAGAAGCUGCCGAUUUCAGGUGGAAAACUAAGAUGAAUAGAAUCUCCCCAAUUGAAAGAGUUCGUCAUAUUGCUUUAUACUUACUUAUUUGGGGCGAAGCCAAUCAAGUUAGAUUCACUCCGGAAUGUCUCUGUUUCAUCUAUAAAUGUGCUCUAGACUAUUUAGAAUCUCCAUUAUGUCAAAAUCAGAGAGAUCCAUUACCUGAGGGAGAUUAUUUGGAUAGAGUCAUCACUCCAUUGUAUCGUUUUAUAAGAAAUCAAGUUUACGAAAUUAUAGACGGUCGUUACGUUAAACGUGAAAAGGAUCACAAUAAAGUCAUUGGUUAUGACGAUGUCAACCAGUUAUUUUGGUAUCCACAAGGUUUAAGUAAAAUUGUAUUAUCGAAUGGUAAUAAAUUAAUUGAUUUACCAAUGGAAGAACGUUAUUUAAAUUUCGCAAAUGUCGAUUGGGAAAACGUCUUUUUCAAGACAUAUAAGGAAUCAAGAACAUGGUUACAUAUGGUCACAAAUUUCAAUCGUAUCUGGGUCAUGCACAUUUCUGUCUUUUGGAUGUACACUGCUUACAAUGCCAAGACUUUUUAUACACACGAUUAUCAACAGUUAGUGAAUAACCAACCUUUAGCAUCUUAUAAAUGGGCAACUGCUGCAUUAGGUGGUAGCGUCGCUUGUUUAAUACAAUUAUGUGCUACUCUCUGUGAAUGGUUAUUCGUUCCAAGAAAAUGGGCUGGUGCUCAACAUUUAACUCGUCGUUUUGGGUUCCUUUGUAUUAUAACUGCUAUUAAUCUCGCUCCCAUUAUUUGGAUCUUCUGUUACGAUAAGGACACUGAAAAGAGUAAUCUUGCCUAUAUUGUCAGUAUUGUUUUCUUUUUCGUUGCAGUCGUGACAGUUGUAUUCUUCUCAGUUAUGCCAUUAGGUGGUCUUUUCACUUCUUACCUGAAUAAGUCAUCAAGGCGUUAUGUUUCUUCUCAGACUUUCACAGCAUCUUUCGCUCCAUUGACUGGUUGGGAUAGAGUGUUUUCUUAUUUAAUUUGGAUUAUGGUUUUCGGUGCCAAAUAUGCUGAAUCAUACUAUUUCUUAAUUCUUUCAUUGACUGAUCCAUUAAGAAUCUUAUCCACAACUGAAAUGAGAUGUACUGGUGAAUAUUGGUGGGGCUCUCACUUAUGUAAGCAUCAACCAAAAAUUACUUUGGGUUUAAUGGUCGCCACUGAUUUUAUUCUUUUCUUUUUAGAUACCUAUCUGUGGUACGUUAUUGUCAACACUGUUUUCUCCGUUUGUAAAGCAUUCCAUUUAGGUAUGUCUGUUUUGACACCUUGGAGAAAUAUCUUCACUAGAUUACCAAAGAGGAUUUACUCAAAGAUUUUGGCUACCAAUGACAUGGAAGUGAAGUACAAACCAAAAGUCUUAAUCUCUCAAAUUUGGAAUGCUAUUGUCAUAUCUAUGUACAGAGAACAUUUGUUAGCAAUUGAUCACGUUCAACAACUGUUAUACCAUCAAGUUCCAUCAGAUGUUGAAGGAAAGAGAACUUUGAAGGCUCCAACCUUCUUCACUUCUCAAGAUGAUUCAAAAUUAAAUACUGAUUUUUUCCCAAGAGAUUCUGAAGCUGAACGUCGUAUUUCUUUCUUUGCCCAAUCUUUAGCUACUCCAAUGCCAUCAGCCAUUUCCAUUGAUAACAUGCCGACUUUUACCGUCUUAACUCCACAUUACGCUGAAAGAAUCUUACUUUCUUUGAGAGAAAUUAUUCGUGAAGAUGACCAAUUUUCUAGGGUCACUUUAUUGGAGUAUCUAAAACAAUUACACCCAGUCGAAUGGGACUGUUUCGUCAAAGAUACAAAAAUUUUGGCUGAAGAGACCGCAGCUUACGAAGGUGUAGAACAAGAAUUGGAAAAAGAUGAUGCUAAAUCAGAAAUUGAUGAUUUACCAUUCUAUUGUAUUGGUUUCAAAUCCGCUGCCCCUGAGUAUACUUUACGUACAAGAAUCUGGGCCUCUCUAAGAUCUCAAACUUUGUAUCGUACUGUUUCUGGUUUCAUGAAUUAUUCUAGAGCUAUCAAAUUAUUAUAUCGUGUUGAAAAUCCCGAAAUUGUCCAAAUGUUUGGUGGUAAUGCUGAAGGUCUUGAAAGAGAAUUGGAAAAAAUGGCUAGAAGAAAAUUCAAGUUUUUGGUUUCUAUGCAAAGAUUAGCUAAAUUUAAGCCGCAUGAACUUGAAAAUGCUGAAUUUUUACUAAGAGCCUAUCCAGACCUACAAAUUGCCUACUUAGAUGAAGAACCACCAUUACGCCCUGGCGAUGAGCCGAGAAUUUAUUCUGCGUUAAUUGAUGGUCACUGUGAAUUGUUACCUAACGGUCGUAGACGUCCUAAAUUUAGAGUUCAGCUUUCUGGUAAUCCAAUCUUGGGUGACGGUAAAUCUGAUAACCAAAAUCAUGCUUUAAUUUUCUACAGAGGUGAAUACAUUCAAUUAAUUGACGCUAAUCAAGAUAAUUAUCUGGAAGAAUGCUUGAAAAUUAGAUCCGUUUUAGGUGAAUUUGAAGAACUUGGUAUGAAUGCAACUAAUCCAUAUUCUCCGGAUGUUGAAUUUGAGGAUCAGAAAAACAACUAUCCAGUGGCUAUUGUUGGUGCAAGAGAAUAUAUUUUUUCUGAAAAUUCUGGUGUUCUUGGUGAUGUCGCUGCUGGUAAGGAACAAACCUUCGGUACUCUUUUCGCUCGUACAUUAUCACAAAUUGGUGGUAAAUUACAUUAUGGUCAUCCUGAUUUUAUAAAUGCCACUUUUAUGACAACAAGAGGUGGUGUGUCUAAAGCACAAAAGGGUUUACAUUUGAAUGAAGAUAUUUACGCUGGUAUGAACGCUCUGUUACGUGGUGGUCGUAUUAAGCACUGUGAGUACUACCAAUGUGGUAAAGGUAGAGAUUUAGGUUUUGGUACAAUUUUGAAUUUCACAACCAAGAUUGGUGCUGGUAUGGGUGAACAAAUGUUGUCUCGUGAAUAUUACUAUUUAGGUACUCAAUUACCCAUGGACCGUUUCUUAUCGUUCUUUUAUGCUCAUCCUGGUUUCCAUUUGAAUAACGUUUUGAUCCAAUUUUCUUUACAAAUUUUUAUGCUAACCUUAGUUAAUUUACAUUCUCUAGCUAACCAAUCUGUGUUAUGUCUAUAUGACAGAAACAUGCCAAUUACUGAUGUAUUAUACCCAAUAGGUUGUUAUAACUUCAAGCCCGUAGUUGAUUGGGUCAGACGUUAUACUUUAUCUAUUUUCAUUGUCUUCUGGAUUGCUUUCGUACCAAUUGUUAUGCAAGAGUUAAUUGAACGUGGUGCCUGGAAAGCAACACUUAGAUUUUGGCGUCAUAUCCUAUCGUUAUCUCCAAUGUUUGAAGUUUUCACAGGCCAAAUUUACUCUUCUGCAUUAUUUAGUGAUUUAACUGUAGGUGGUGCUCGUUAUAUUUCAACAGGUCGUGGCUUUGCAACAUCUCGUAUCCCAUUUUCCAUUCUAUAUUCAAGAUUUGCUGGAUCUGCCAUUUAUAUGGGCGCCAGAUCUAUGCUUAUGUUGUUGUUUGGUACAGUUGCUCAUUGGCAAGCUCCUUUACUAUGGUUUUGGGCCUCUUUGGCAUCAUUGAUAUUUUCUCCAUUCAUCUUCAAUCCACAUCAAUUCUCAUGGGAUGACUUUUUCCUUGACUAUAGGGACUAUAUUAGAUGGUUAUCAAGAGGAAACAGUAAGUACCAUAGGAACUCAUGGAUUGGCUAUGUGAGAAUGUCAAGAGCCCGUGUAACUGGUUUCAAGCGUAAAUUGAUCGGCGAAGAUUCAGAAAAGGCAGCUGGUGAUGCCAGUAGAGCAAGUAGAAUGAAUUUGAUUGUUUCAGAAAUCAUUCCUUGUUUCAUUUACUCUGCCGGCUGUUUCAUUGCUUUUACUUUUAUCAACGCACAAACUGGUGUUAAGACAACUGAUGCUGACAGAGUUAACUCUGUUUUGAGAAUCAUCAUUUGCACCUUGGGUCCAAUCGCCGUAGACCUAGUAACAUUAUUAGCUUGCAUGUCUAUAUCAUGCUGUGCUACACCAUGUUGCAACAAUUCUGGUGCUGUUAUGGCUGCUUUGGCACAUGGUGUUGCCGUUAUUGUCCACAUUGCAUCUUUCAUUAUUAUGUGGGUACUAGAAGGUUUCAGUUUUGUUAAAAUGUUAAUCGGGGUUGUAACAAUGAUCCAAUUACAAAGACUUGUCUUCCAGUGUGCAACAGUCUUCUUACUAACAAGAGAAUAUAAAAAUGAUAACUCAAACACUGCAUUUUGGACUGGUAAAUGGGGUACUACCGAAUCUGGUUUCGCUCAAGCUACAAGAGAAAUACUCGUUAAAGUCAUCGAAUUGUCAGAGUUUGCAGCCGAUUUUGUCUUAGGCCAUUUCAUUUUAUUUUGUCAUGCCCCUUUACUUAUAAUUCCAGGCAUGGAUAGAUUGCAUUCAAUCAUGUUAUUCUGGCUAAGACCAUCACGUCAAAUCCGUCCUCCAAUCUUUUCAAUAAAGCAAACACGUUUACGUAAGCGUAUGGUUAGAAAGUACUUCUGCUUAUAUGCGCUAAUUCUAAUAUGCUUUGCUGCAUGCAUUGUUGGACCUGCUGUGGGAGCUGCUUAUGUACCAGAUCAAAUUGCAAGUACAUUGACUGGUGCAGCUCAUAACUUAUUCCAACCAAGAAAUCAAAACAAUAAUGACACUGGUACAAAAUUGGUUACGUACUCGGGACAUUACUAUACAAGUACGCCAUCAAUGAGAACAUGGUCUACGAUUAAAUAA